AUGCGCAGGUUUCAAUGCAGGACCAUGAUUGCCAGUCUGUUAUUUCAUGUGCUCUACCCCUUGUCGCGUUUUCUGACUUUUCGAUCAGGUAAAAGUUUUUCAAAGGUGUCAAAACUAUGACUUUGCUUCAUGCAGUGCAGCCUCAAUAAGCUAACGGUGUGUUUAGGCUGCUGCUGACCGCGCGGUUUGUGUUGACAUUAGUCAUACGUCAGCGAGGGGCUGGCUAAUUAACGGAUAUUUCUAUAGAGUACUGAGGAGGAGACACGCUUUUGUCAGGUUUCCCAGCAUGGACUGUCAAAUAAUUCUACAUACAGACUCUUGUGGGCCAACUUUUACAGCAAGUUAGCCGACGUUAGCUCUUGGAAACGUGUUUACGAACACCUGUUGGGAUUUAUUUAGCACACUUUUUCAGGACACUCUCUAUGGCGCCAAACGACGUCACCACGUAGGAAUUGUGUGCUGUGUAGUUUUUUUCUAACCGAAGAGUCUAUUCACCCAAUUGUAGUUUUCGUAGCUUUAGCAGUGAAAAUGAUGCAAACUACAGAGCUGAAUGUGUUUCUGCUCACCAUGAAAGCCCCGUUGUUUUCUAAAGUUAAUAUCGAUAUAAUAUGUUAAUAUAUCACAACACCUUGAUGGACCAAAGGGCCAUUGGUGGUGGACGGCUCCUCUCUCUUCGCUGCAGGACAGAAAGAUUCAGAGGAUCUUUUGUACCCACAGCCACCAGACUUUAUAACUCUUGUGUAAAUAGAAGAUAACUUUUAGAGACACAUCAAGUGAGACAACAGACAAUUGAAUAUCCCUUCAGGGAUUAAUAAAGUUCUUCUUAUUCUUAUUGUUUUGCAGAGGCCUCAAAAAAGGGUCUCCCUCCUGCACAGGCGGAUGGCAGGGAAGUGUUGGAUGGUGGUGCUGUCACAACCAGAAAGUUCAACCAGUCCUGCACGACCCUGCUGGACCUGUGGCUCAGCUCAAGUAGUGAGAUGGAAGCAGAAAAGAAAGAAAGGCUGAAGGAACCAAUGCCAGAGAAGGAAUGUGAUACUGGGCUUGAUAUAAGAAAAGAUCAGCUGACUGUACUGUCUGAAGAGAGCAAGGAAGAGGCCUUUGAAGGUGAGAAUUCAACUUCUCCCUUUCCUGGAAGUUUCAUUUUUGGCCUUUUCAUCUUCAAGUUUUCCACUGUAAUGAAAUUUAUCCAAACUGUUAUGUGUUUGUUUUUUACUCAGUAAUGUGGAGAGUGUGGGAGGAGGCGGAUGAGAGUGCCUCUGCUGCAGGACCCACCCCCAAAUUCCUCCCAUAUAAAAAGACCACAAUGGACUUCACUGUUAUGUCCUACAACAUCCUUGCUCAGGAUCUACUUGAGGCUAAUCAGGAGCUGUACAUACACUGCCCUCUGGAGGUGCUUGACUGGAGCUACCGCUGCAGGGUUCUUCUUGAGGAAAUACUGAAAUGGGCCCCAGAUGUAAGUCAAGCAUCAGCUGAUUUAAAAUAAAAGAUAUGUUUAUUUAUUUUGAAGUUAUCAGGAGAGUUUUUAUUUUUGUUUCUCUCUGGGUGUAGAUCUUGUGUCUUCAAGAGGUUCAAGAGAACCACUACCACGGACAACUUUAUCCGGCCCUGUCUCAGAUGGGUAGGUCAUAUGAGGAUAAACAGUGGACAAACAUGAUUAUUGUAUUUAUUAUAACAAAAAUUUACUGUGCUGUGCUUAUGUUUUUGCUUUAGGCUUCACCUGUGUGUACAAACGGCGCACAGGGAACAAGACAGACGGUUGUGCUACUUGCUAUCGCUCCAGUCGCUUCUCUGAGCUUUCAGUCGCCCUGCUGGAGUUCUUCAGGCCUGAGACAGAGCUGCUGGACCGGCACAAUGUGGGCAUCGUUUUGUUGCUUCAGCCCGUGGUCACUAAGGGGUCAGAGAUCAAGGCAAAGGGCCAACCCCUCUGUGUGGCCAAUACUCACCUGCUCUUUAACCCAAGGAGGGGUGAUGUGAAGCUGGCUCAGCUAGCCAUCUUACUGGCAGAAAUCGACAGUGUGGUUAAGUCCUGCAAGGUCAAAGACGAACAGUGUAACAUUAUAUUGUGUGGAGACUUCAACUCCCUCCCCUACAGGCCUCUGUAUCAGCUGAUCACCACUGGGGAGCUCUACUUUCAGGGUCUACCAGCCUGGACGGUGAGGAUAUAAGAGAAAAAGGGGAAAUAUCAGGCGCUCUCGCAAGACUGUCAAUGAUUUUCUUUAAGAAUACGAUACUUGCAUAAAUAACCCCAGUAACCAUGUUUAUGUUCUCCAGAUUUCAGGUCAGGAAGACCACUCAUAUAAAGUCCAUUAUCACAAACUAGAAGCUCCACUGUGGCCCAGCAGUCUGGAAAUCACUGACAGCUGCCAGUACUCGAAUGUUAAGAAGAUAUUUAAGGACCAGGAACCAGGUCAAUGUUUGGAGAAACAGACUACUUUGUGUCUGCUGUUAUUUUUGUAACCUUGAUUCUUUUUUUAAACUUGUUCUCUCACUCGACUUAUUUGUGCAUGUUUGAUUGUGUGUAGGAAAACAUCAGUACAGCCACGACUUCCUGCUGCAGCUGCGCUUCUGUACAGCUGCACGUGUGCGUCCCCCGGACUUGGAGCUCAUCCCGGGUGUGACUGACAACACACCAGGUAAAAUCUGACAUUACCAAAUCACAACAUCAGGUGCUGAUUUUCUGACAUUUUUUGGCUUAUUUUUUAAUUGUAAUAUUUAAAAAAACAGAGCAUUUCUUGUCAUUCACAGAUGUGUCAAGGAGACUGCCUUACAUUAAAAGGUCAGUUUGCCUUCGCUUUGUCAUGUUGCCUUUAUACACACAGUAUUCCAAUGAGAGUUUCACAUUCAGUGCAGUGCCAGUUCCGUGUUGUUGCUGCAGAUUACCUUGUAAUCUGUUUUGAAUACUGAGACAUUUCUGUUCAUCUCAGUAAAUGAUUGGGCAUGUCACCUGAAAGACGUGUGUUAUUAGCAAACAACAAAAACAUGCAUGAAAUGGUAAAACAAAAGCUUUCCUUCAUUAAGGUGAAAUUUAGGUCUUGUAUUUAUUUUUUGUCAUAGAUUCAGACACACCCUCAGUCAUCAUCUGGACCUGGAGUCGGUCUACAAACACAUGCUCCCAGGCUCUGGAAAUCCAGAAGUAACAACCCUGCACUCUGAAGGAGCAGCUACCGUCGACUACAUUUUCUACACGCCGAGACGUGUGACCUCCGAUCAAACAGGUAGGAGCACACGCCACAAAGGACAGUGUUUCAGCUAUUGUGUGAUACAUUUCUUUUCUUCCACAGCUGGGGGUGAAACAGCAGCUGAGGGUUUGGUGCUCAAAGGAUCUCUCACUCUUCCAUCAGAGGAUGUUUUGUGGUCAAUGAUGGGUCUCCCCAAUCACAUGUUCCCCUCUGACCAUCUCAGUCUCAUUGCCAAAUUCCAAUUAGAACUGGAUUCAGCAUGAUGGACAAAGACAGGGUGGUAUUUUAAAACAAUGCCUUUAUGCAGGUUUUGGUUCAAAUUUAGUCUGCUUUAAGUUGAGGUCCUCAAAGGUUUGUAGCUGUACAUAAGUUAAUGUUUUUGUUAAGAAAAAGAAAGCCAAGAGAAGUAAAAAAUGCCAAUAUGUAGUCUUGUUCCUCCCGUUUUUUAUGAGCAAGUUAAUGCUGGACUAUGACUGAAUAAUUGUUUAAAUUUUGUUCUAUUUGUUCAUUAAAAAACAGAAGUUUGUCAUUGCUGUUUUGAUAAUGGUGUUAUAAUACACCUGCCUGUUCGGUUGGAUCUAGAUGACAAGUUUGACAUAUCAAGAUUUUAUUUUAACAAAUGAUGAAAAGUGUUGCUCUCUGAUGAUGAGUGGCUUCUGUUUUUUUUCUGACUGUCAAAACAAGAAUAAAUGUUUUACAUCAC